AUGAUUGGGUUAGGAGAGAAAGAUGAGGCGAUGUUUCGUUCGGCGGAAAUGUCAAUGGUCCAUUUCUAUAUCCCCCAGGAGAUUUCCAGAGAUUCUGUUUACAUUGUUGGUCAACUAGGUUUAGUCCAAUUCUUGGAUUUGAAUCACAAGACAAAAUCGUUCCAGAGAACUUUUGUCAACGAUAUUAGAAGAUUGGAUAAUGUUCAAAGACAGUAUCGUUAUUUUUACAAAUUGUUGCAGAAACAUAGUCUGAAAGUGUUUGCUGCAGAUGAAGGAAAGUCGUUGGUUGCCGCAGAGACUAUGAUGAUCCCACCAACCACGGCUGCAAUUGAUGAUCAUGUUCAAAAUGCUCAGUUUUUGGAAGAACGUCUGCUUCAAAUGGAGGACGCAUCAGAACAACUGGAAGAACAGAAGGCCGACUUGGAACAAUUCAGACAUGUUUUGAGAUCUUCAGACGCAUUUUUCGCAAUUGACGGCACCCAGCAUCAACAGAUCGCCGUUCAAACUACGCAGCCAUCAACAGAAAUUGAUGACAUAGAAAGACAAUUCAUUGAUCAAGGCGCAAGCUUACCAGAUUCCGUAAACUAUGUUACUGGUGUUAUUUCAAGAGAGAAAAUUCCUGUUUUUGAACAGAUCUUGUGGAGAGUGUUGAGAGGUAACUUGUAUUUUAAACAUACUGAAAUUGAAGAACCUAUCUACGAUAAAACUGUAAAGGACAAAGUCGCAAAGAAUGCUUUUAUUGUUUUCUCUCCAGGUGACCUGAUAAUUCAAAGAAUUAAGAAAAUUGCAGAAUCUUUGGAUGCAAAACUUUACGAUGUCGGUCAAACUUCAAACAUGAGAUCCAAGCAGUUGAUCGAAGUCAACCAAAACUUGGAUGAUUUGUAUACCGUUUUACAAACAACUAAUACUACUUUGGAGAGUGAAUUAUAUGCAAUUGCAAAAGAAUUGAAUUACUGGUUACAAGACAUUUCCCGUGAGAAAGCUGUCUUUGAAGCAUUGAAUAAAUUCAAUUUCGAUAACAACAGAAAAAUUCUGAUUGCAGAAGGUUGGAUUCCAUCAGAUGAGUUAGUUGUCUUGCAAGAUCGUUUAGAUCAAAUGACUGCCAACUUAGGAGUAGACGUUCCUUCGAUUGUUCAAGUGUUGAAAACAAGUAGAACUCCUCCUACCUAUCAUAGAACAAACAAAUUUACAGAAGCCUUCCAAGCUAUCUGUGAUUGUUAUGGUAUUGCACAAUAUAGAGAAAUUAAUCCUGGUUUGCCUACAAUUGUGACAUUCCCAUUUAUGUUCGCCAUUAUGUUUGGUGACAUGGGGCAUGGUUUCAUUAUGUUUUUAGCGGCCUUAGCUUUGGUCUUAAAUGAAAAUAAGAUUGCAAAAAUGAAAAGAGACGAUAUAUCGGAUAUGGCAUACACUGGUAGAUAUAUGGUACUAUUGAUGGGUGCCUUUUCUAUGUACACAGGUUUCCUGUACAAUGAUAUUUUUUCCAAGUCAAUGACAUUCUUUAAAUCUGGUUGGAAAUGGCCAGAAAAAUUCGAACCAGGUCAAACAGUUUUCGCAGAACCAGUUGGUACAUACCCAAUCGGUUUGGAUUACGCAUGGCAUGGUGCUGAAAAUGAUUUGUUGUUUACCAAUUCAUAUAAGAUGAAAUUGUCUAUUUUAAUGGGUUUUAUCCACAUGUCAUAUUCAUAUAUGUUUUCCUUGGUAAAUCAUAUCUAUUUCAACUCAUGGAUUGACAUUGUUGGUAAUUUUAUUCCAGGUUUCUUAUUCAUGCAUGGUAUCUUCGGUUAUUUGGCCGUUUGUAUAGUGUACAAAUGGUCUGUUGAUUGGAUCAAAGAUGGUAAAGUCGCACCAAGUUUGUUGAAUAUGUUAAUCAAUAUGUUUUUGGCUCCUGGUAAGAUUGAUGAUCCACUAUAUCCAUAUCAAGACAAGAUUCAGAUGGCAUUAUUAUUCAUAGCAUUGAUCUGUAUUCCAUGGUUGUUGGCUGUUAAGCCAAUAUACUAUAAGAUUAAAUUAAGCAAGAAGUACAACGCAGUACCAACGACAGUGACUGACGAAUUAGAACAAUUACUACCCGAUGUAGACAUUGACGGUGGCGCUGGUGAAGAUGGUGAAGCAGGAGGACAUGGUGCAGAAGAGAACCUAGGUGAUAUUGUUAUCCAUCAGGUAAUUCAUACGAUUGAGUUCUGUUUGAACUGUGUGUCUCACACAGCAUCAUAUUUACGUUUGUGGGCAUUGUCCCUUGCGCAUUCUCAAUUGUCCAAUGUUCUAUGGAGUAUGACAAUCGCAAUUGGAUUCAAGAGUUCUGGUACACUAGGUGUAAUUUCUAUCGUAUUCUUAUUUGCAAUGUGGUUCGUAUUGACAGUAUGUGUGCUAGUUGUGAUGGAAGGUACCUCAGCCAUGCUACAUUCCUUACGUUUACAUUGGGUCGAGUCCAUGUCUAAAUUUUUCGUAGGUGAAGGUCUCCCAUACGAACCAUUCAAUUUCCCAACAGAGGAUAUCGAAGACUUCGGAUCACAAACCACCUCAGCCACGGCAGCUGCUACUGCAUGA